UUUAACUGUUAUUUUAAUUGAUGUGAUUCAUCAUGAAUGUGGAAAUUACUAUUUACUAAGAAAUUGUUCAUUCUUAUCCCUCUAGGAUCAAGAAGAAAUUUCUCAAAUAACUUAAAUGUUGCAUGUAUGAAUGUAUACAUAUAUCUGAUGGACUGUUGAUCCCCUUAUCAUCUUGCUUUAAUAAAGAUUAUAUUCUUCUUCUGAAAUGAGUGGCAGUGGUGGCAAUGCCAUGCUCCUGCACCAGCUGAGCGUGUUGAAGCUGCGACACCUGAAGCGAAUUAUGGGAUGCAAUUUUCAGCCCCCUAGUGACUUCCCUUGCCCUGUGCCCCCGCCAUGUCUCCCUACUAUCCUGAGGCAUCCUCCUCUACAACAAGGGUACUUUUUGAGCCUGCACCUGUCUUGGCAUCCAAAUGUGCCAGCAUUCCUGGUUUCAGAGCUCAGUUGCUUGUCACAUCCUCAGUGGCAAGAGCUAAAUCUUGUCAGCUCCAUUCCAAAGACACUGCAAACUGCUAAAGGCUUGGUGGUACGUGUGUGGUACAAACCUCCUGCCAGUUACUGCUCAAGUGAAAGAAAUGACAGGCAUGUAUUUCAUUCAACACCCUGUGCAUCACCAAACAUGGGAACUCUGAGCACAUCGGAGUCCACCAGUUCCCAGUUACAAAGUGAUACGGUUAUUUCCUCAUCUACCAGCACCACCAAAGAUGAUGAGUCUAGUCAUAAUCCUGAUUCAAUUACUCAUAUUAAGAACAACUCUUCUUCCUCGUCUAAAUUACCUCCGCAAAUUGUGGCCAGUAAUUCAAAUAAAGUUUGUAUUCUACCACCUGAACCCCCAGACUGUGCGAACAAAACCCCUGCAAUUCUUUUAUGUUCUUGGGCUGUCCGAUUAUCUGGUCUUGUUCCUAUAGGAACAAAUUUAUCUCAAACUUCUACUAGCCUUGCCAAGAACACUUUGGUUUUCCAAUUCAUGUCAGGCUCUAUGCUUUAUUCUUCUGCUGACGCCAUUAUUUCACCGUUGCCUGGAGACGAUAACCCGAGCUUGAGACAAGUGUGGCAUGACAUCAGUUUGCCCAUGUCUCAAACCAAACGUAGCUACUCCCCUAAUGUCCUCAACAAACUGCACCAGUACGAGCGAGACAUCAGUUCCUUUGAAGAGGAGUGUGAGCAGCGGAAAGUGAGCUUGCGGUAUGUUGGCAAACUUUCUGCAGACUCCCGAGAGAGGCUCCUCAAUAAUCAGGUGCAGGCUCUUAAGUCACGCCUCGCUGUGACUCGCGCUGUGGUGCAGCGAGAGCGUCACAAGCUGGAGAAAUUGCAGCGCAAAGUGGAGCAAGCUGAGAGCUCCAACCAGGAGAAGGGCAUGCAGCUGCUGACGCUGCUGCAGCAGCUGGGGCGGGAGAGACAGCACCUACGCAGCGUGUGCAGUCAGAGCGAGCAUCAGCUGCAGCAGCUCGAGAAAACCAAGUCUUUGCUGGCGCACAGGCGGUCCUGCCUCAUCAGGGAACUUGCCCAAGUCUACCCAAUUGUACAGAUAAGUGCAAAAGAUGACUUUUCAAUCUGCGACAUUUGGGUGCCUGAUGCUACACUUCUAAAAGACAACAACUUGUGCACGCCAAGUUUCCAGUCAAUUCACCACCGUAAUAAACCUCCUCACAAACCUGCUAGCAACAGCUCAUGCAACAAGACCACCCGAGCCUCUACCACCAAAAAUAACAGUCGGGAGUCAAGUCCUCUUCUUGGUAACACAUCUGAAGGUGACGGCAGUUCAAAGGCAAGCCCCAAGCAAGCAAUUCUCUCUUCAUCAUCUCCCAUCACCGUGCCCCAACAGUUAAAUGCAGCCAGGUCUUCUUCAUCAAAGAAGCUUCCUGAGUCCUCGCGUUCAUUGCAAGUGCAUCCGCCAUUCCACCCAAACCCGAAUAUUUUAACGCAAUCAAUGGAGGCGCUACCGCACACGCCUGAGAGCCUCAGUGCAGGACUUGGUCUUACUGCGCACCUGCUGUGUCUUGUGUCAGGUUUGCUGCAGUUGCCCCUGCGCUACCCCAUCACGCCUUCUGGAUCCAUGGCCACCAUCACUGACUUGGCUUCCACGCAACUGCCAGAGGAUUCCAGGAAACUUCCAUUGUACACUCGCGGCACCCGCGACAAGGAGCGCGAGCGGCUGCACUUCAGCUACGCUGUUUUCCUCCUCAACAAGAACAUCGUGGAGCUGCUCCACUACCUGGGGCGCUCCAAGCUGUCCUCCACAGCGGCCACGCUCCCCAACCUCCAUAGCGCCCUCAUCAUGCUAUCCAGGAAAGAUGAGCCAGCAACUAAAUCUCUGCCUGAUGCGAGAUGUCAGCCGCUGCUCAACAGCAACAACCCUGGGCUCUUGACAGAUAUCUUAACUCCUUUCAUGAACUCCAACGGCCCUCCGCAACCGAACUUGAGUGCCAACAAGAAUGCUCCUCAAUCUCUCCAAGGCCAGCAACCCAAAAAUUUGAGCUGUUCUCGCUCACCAUGUCAUACGCGAUCAAACUCUCAGUCGCUCUCCCAAUCCCCUCAACGAUUAGUCUCAAAGUCUCUCUCUCCGUCUCUUAGCCACAAAAGCUUCAACAUGGUUAUUCAGCCUUCGGGUUUAUUUUCUGAUAAUAAUACUGAUAAGGGGAAAAGAAGCCUACAACACAGUGCUAGUGUAGGAGAUCUCAUGAAUAUUUUUCUGUCAUCUCCCAAAGAAGAUGUCACUCCCAUUAGUGAUCAACAAUCUCUACGAACCAAUGUUAAUGAUUUAUCUCUUUACUCAAGUAAUUAUGGCACGAGAACUCCAAGUUCUCUUGAUAGUAAGGAGGCUUGCCUGAGUUCUCAAUUUACUUUAUCGCUUGAUAAGGGCCUGGAUCACAUCCAGAGUCUUGUUGAUGAAGUGCGUGGAAGAGGCAUGUUGCAGGACGACAUCAACGCGUCCUCUGGCGGAAAAUUUGGAACCGUCUCCGUGGAUACAAAACUGUCCGCCAACACCGGCUCCCUCACUAACCUAACAAAGAACAAGGCUUUGGUGGUCGUAAGCCAAAGUAUUGAAUUUGAAAACUCUAGUGUAUCGCGGUUUCCUGACUCGACAACCCUGAUGCUGAGGACGUGGCAGGAAGACAGUCCUAUACAAUAUUCCUACACUCCUCGUGGGAGCACAGACCUGCUGGAGGAAGUUGGGGUCGAAGCUACUGAGAAUUUCAUGCAGCCCUCGGCACCUGAAGUUGCUAACACAGACAAAGAUGUAAAUAUUAGCAAACCAGAUUCACUAGAGGACCGAAGUGUUCGCACCUCAAACGAUAGGAAUGAUGAAAGAUUAAACAAAAGUACUCCGGUAAUCUCCGUACCCGAUCCUCAAUAUAACGCCGAACUGUCGAAAUCCGGUAAACGGCCAAUAAAUCGGAAAGAAGAGAAGACGGUAAUUUCCAAAACAAAAGCUAGAAGUUUCUGGCCCUUCAGCCGCUCAAACACUAGCGAAGAAAGCUGCAAAGAAAACAACAGCGUCUCUGAGCCCCUCCUUGACGCAGAAGAUUCCGACCCCGAAACUCAAUGCAUUCCUCCAGCAAGCAAAGGGUUGAAUACGAACUCCACAUCCAAAGGGGACUCUUCAACUACCGGUGUUGUAAAAGAAUCUGAUAAAAACAGUGCCUUAUCUAAAAUAACGGACGACCAUGACUGGCUGAGCAGUUCGGUAGAGGAAGACACGCCACUGCUGGUGGAUGGUCAGGACAGCGAUGAACUUUUCAAGCAAUCCGUGGCUGCCAUGUCAAGAGAGAUGAAAGUCAGGGCAGAUUUGUCCGAGCUCAACGACCUUUCUGAUGUUACUGACCGAACUGAACGUCUUGCCAGUAAGCCUUUUUCUUUCAAACCUGGGAAAUGAUGUCAGUAAUUCUAGACGUCUAUCAUCAUCAAAAAAGACUUGACAAGUCUCUCUCAAUGUUACUCGCAAUAGUGUCAGCAUCGAACGUUUGAAGUGACGCGACAUUCUUUGGUUUCAUAAGAUGAUUAGAUAAUCAAUCUUUACCGAGUAAGUUUUUAGGAUCCCGGAGUAUCAGCAAAACUACCAGUACCGGUACCUUUAUCAUAGUAACGGUUUCGGUAGAAAUAUUCAGUUUAGGAACUGCCUUGGGGAAUAUAACAUGUUAGCAGCGUCUCGAAGAAUGCAUCACUUCAAUGCUUCGCCAUUGUUAUGGUUCAUGAGACAAAGCUUUGUUUUAAUGGCUGUGUUGAGCCGAGGAGUCAUGGCUGUGACGAGCCAGGAGCUGAAGCAAGUCUUUUCUCGUAACUUAUCUGCGCUAAAUUUGUCAUUUCCGUGCAAUUGUGAUAUAAGUAUUUAGCUACCACCAUAUCGUGGUCUUGUAAUCUGUAACCAGCACUCCAGUUGUGGCCGGCCUUCAACUAUCAAACUCGUCUCUUCGUGAAUUUUGCCUCGAUGUAAAUGAAGGCUGAACUAAAAUUGCCUAAUGUAGUAAGUCCUCUACUUUAUUUACAUCGCACCGUACCUCGUAGCGCCAUGGCUGUAAUGAAAAAUAACCAGUUUUGCUGUAUCAGCAAAAAUCAUCAUGUGAUACUCAUGUGAAUUGUGUGUGUUUGCACAAUCUGAUGCUCCUAUGAAGUUAUUGUUUUUAGCGCAUUUUCACAUUUAUUGAAAAAAUGCCCUAUUGUGCUCG